GUUAAUAACAUGGAUUUAAUUUUUAAACUUAUUUAGAGGAGCAGUUCUUGGAAAGUAUGAAAUAUCGGUUAUUAAGUCGAUAAUAAAAAUAAUAUUUUUAGAACGGACAACCUAAACAAAUUUUAGCACAAAAAGAUAGAAUAUCUAUUUACUUAAAUAUGUUUCGAUGUUCAUGUGUUACAUUCAAAUCAUAUUGGGAGCAUCAGUAUUUUGUAUCCAAACGUAUUAAAAGUAGUACUAUAAACUUGGUGAAAUAUUGUUCAUCAAAUGAUCAUAAAGACAAUAGCUCGCAAAAUAAAAGAAAUACACAUAGAACAUGCAUUUUAAUUGGUUUAACACUCACAGGGGCAGUUUUUUUUGUAUCACAUUUAUCAGAAAAAAAAAAUAUUUUUCAAACAGAUAAUAUACUUUCUCAAUUAAAAAAAAAAUUUGUAAGAAAUGAUACUUCUAUUGAAAUGAAAAAUCUUCCAACGUACACGAUAAAUGAAGUUAAUAAACAUGAUAAUAUUCAGGAUGGUAUCUGGAUUGCCUACAAAGAAGGUGUAUAUAAUAUUACCAACUUUGUUAGUAAACAUCCUGGAGGACAAAAUAUGAUUUUAAUGGCUGCUGGUAGUUACAUAGAUCCUUUUUGGAAGAUAUUUGCCAACCAUAAUAAUAAAGAAACAUUAAAAAUUUUGGAAUCAAUGAGAAUUGGCAAUCUGAAUAGCGCAGAUGUUUACAAAAAAAUUGAAAAUUCAUAUAAUCCAUAUGCUUUGGAACCAAAACGUAGCAAAGUGCUAAAAGUUAAUGGCAAACAACCAUUUUGUGCCGAGCCUCCAGCUCCUUUACUUAUAGAGAAUUUCAUAACUCCAUCAGAUAUUUUUUACGUAAGAAAUCAUCUCCCAGUGCCAAUAAUUAAUUUGGAAAAUUAUGAAUUAGAAUUUACUGUUGAAGAUGAAGCAAUAAAAUCUCUUACAUUAGCUGAUAUAAAAAAAUAUCCAAAAUAUACCAUUACUAGUGCAGUUAUGUGUGGUGGUAAUCGAAGAUCAGAAAUGGCUAAGGCAAAGCCUCUAAGAGGUUUAAACUGGAAUAUUGGAGCUAUUGGAAAUGCAAGCUGGUCUGGAGCACGAUUAUGCGAUGUUUUACAAGAUUUAUCUAUCAAAGAAGAAGAUUACAAUCACUUACAAUUUGAAGGCAUGGACACAGAUCCAUCAGGCAUAGCAUAUGGCGCAAGUAUACCUAUUGGUAAAGGUUUAGAUCCAAAAGCUGAUGUACUAUUAGCAUAUGAAAUGAAUGGAGAAGAGAUAUCUUUGGAUCAUGGUUAUCCUAUACGAGUCAUAGUUCCAGGAGUUGUAGGAGCAAGAAAUGUUAAAUGGUUGAAUAAAAUUAAAUUAUCAAAAUAUGAGAGUCCCUCUCAGUUUCAACAGAAUGAUUAUAAAGGAUUUGCACCUUCUAUUAAUUGGGAUAAUGUUGACUUUAGUAAAGCUCCAGCAAUUCAAGAAAUGCCUGUUACAUCUGCCAUUUGUACUCCACAGGAAAAUUCUAAGAUAACAAUUAACAAAAAUGGCUCAAUUACAGUUAAAGGUUACGCAUGGUCUGGUGGAGGAAGGAAAAUUAUUAGAGUAGAUGUAACAGCUGACCAAGGAGAAACAUGGCAUGUUGCUGAUUUAACAGCUCAAGAUUUAAAUGCAAAGGAAAGUAGACAUUAUGCAUGGACAUUGUGGAGUCUUGAAUUACCUGUUAAGAAAUCCAAUGAAUCUAUAGAGAUAUGGGUUAAAGCUAUCGAUUCUGCAUAUAAUGUCCAACCUGAAUCUUUUAAACAUAUUUGGAAUCUAAGGGGUUUCCUAUGUAAUGCUUAUCAUAAAGUCAAAGUAGAUUUAAUUUAAAUAUCUUCACUAUGACGAUUAAAAAAAUA